CGGAACUAAUGUUUAGUAUGUGAUCCGUGUUUCUCGGCCGGAGCAGUAAAAGCCUCCAGUGUUUCUUUAUAAAGGAAGAGAACAUCACAAACUGCUGGAUGUGGUUUGAAAAGCUGAAACUAAACUACAAAGAGCAGAUUCAGGUCGGGGGAGAACUGAGGAGGAUGGACCUCAGACUCAGGAACUUUAGUUUGAAAAUCAAAGAGGAAGUAGUUUUAAAGGAGGACUCAGACUGUAUCAUCCAUCAAGAUGUCCAGAAAUUGAUUGUUGUUAAAGAGGAGAUGCAGGAGUGGAGCUCCAGUCUGGACCAGGACCAGGAGGAGCCAGAGCCCCCACACAUUAAAGAGGAACAGGAGGAACUUCUUCCUGUCCCUGUGAAGAGUGAAGAAGAUGAUGAAGAGAAACCUCAGUCCUCACAGCUUCAUCAAACACCAACUGAACAGAUGGAAACAGAAGCUGAUGGAGAGGACUGUGGAGGACCAGAACCAGACAGGAACUCUGAUCCAGAUCCACAUUUACAACCUGAUACUGGUGACGAGCCUGCAGACUCUUCUGAACCUGAGACUGAUGACAGCGCUGAUUGGAAGGAGACCAGAGAACCUCAGUCAGGCUUGAACUGUAGUGCUGAUGAGAAACCAUUCAGCUGCUCCCAGUGUGGGAAAAGAUUUGGCUGCAAGGCAGAGCUGAAGAGACACAAGAUAACUCACACGGGAGAGAAACCGUUCAGCUGCUCGGUGUGCGAGAAAUCGUUUACUCAGAGUGGAAGUUUACAGAGACACAUGAGAAUACACAAAGGGGAGAAACCGUUCAAUUGUUCAAUGUGUGAGAAAAGCUUUAUACAGAAGGCAAAACUGAAGUACCACAUGGCAGUCCACACAAAAGAGAAACCAUUCAGCUGCUGUGAGUGUGGGAAGAGAUUUGGCUGCAGUGGGUAUUUGAAGAAACACAUGAGAACUCAUACAGAGGAGAAUCCUUACAGCUGUGGAGGACCAGAACCAGACAGGACCUCUGAUCCAGAUCAACAUUCACAACCAGAUGCUAAAGACCAGCCUGAAAACUCUUCUGUAGUAAAGACUGAUGACAGUGCUGACUGGAAGGAGACCAGAGAACCUCAGUCAGGUUUGAACUUUCUUCAUAAUGACGAAGUCCCUGUUAGUGAUUCCGGAUGUAGUGCUGAUGAGAAACCAUUUAGCUGCUCUGAGUGUGGGAAAAGAUUUGACUGCAAGGGAAACCUGAAGAGACACAUAAUAACCCACACGGGAGAGAAACCAUUCAGCUGCUCAGUCUGUAAGAAAUCUUUCAUUCGUAGUGGAUUUUUACAGAGACACAUGAACAUCCACUUUGCAGAGAAACCAUUAAAUUGUUCCAUAUGUGGUAAACGAUUCUUACAGAUGUCAAAACUAAAAUACCACAUGACAGUCCACGCAAGGGAGAAACCAUUUAGUUGCUCUGAGUGUGGGAAGAGAUUUAGCGCCAGCGAAUAUCUGAAGAGACACAUUAAAAUUCACGCAGUAGAGAAACCUUUAGGCUGCUCAGUGUGUGGGAAAGGCUUCACUGAGAGGAGAGAUCUGAUAGGGCACAUGAGGACUCAUACUGGAGAGAAACCAUUCAGUUGUUCAGUGUGUGGUAAAACUUUCUCUGACAUUAGACAAAUGAAGAGACAUUUAAAAACUCAUUCAAGAGAGAAAACAUUCAGCUGCUCCGUCUGUCAGAAAUCUUUUAGUCAGCCUGGAUAUUUACACAGACACAUUACGGUCCACAAAAGAGAGAAACCAUUCAAAUGUUCAAUAUGUGAUAAAAGAUUCAUAGAGAAUGCAAAACUUAAAUAUCACAUGGCAGUACACACAAGUGAGAAACCAUUCAGCUGUUCGGAGUGUGGGAAAAGGUUUGUCUCACGUGCAUAUCUGAGUAGACACGUGAUAAGUCACGCAGUGGAGAAACCUUUCACCUGCUCAGUGUGUGGGAAAGGUUUUAUUGAAAGUAGAGAUUUGAUGAGACACAAGAGAACUCACACCGGAGAGAAACCAUUCUGCUGCUCAGUGUGUGGGAAAGCUUUCACUGACAGCAGACAGAUGAAGAGACACGUGAAAGCUCAUACAGGAGGGAAAACUUAUAGUUGUUCAGAGUCGGAGCCUCCAGCCAGCAGCUUAACUGAACAGAUGGAAACAGAGGCUGAUGGAGAGCACUAUGGAGGAUCAGAACCAGACAGGAACUCUGAUCCAGAUCCACAAUUACAACCUGAGGAAUAUUUUACUGGAGGAAGUCUGAGCCAACAGAUGGCGGUUCACACAGGGGUACACAGCAUAAAUCAGGAGGAGCCAGAGCCGCCACACAUUAAAGAGGAACAGAAGGAACCUUGGACCAGUCAGGGAGAGCAGCUUCAGGGGCUGGAGGAGGUGAGAGCGCUGGUGGAGCAGCGACUGACUGCGGCUGCUGAAGAGAUAUUUGGGCUGUUUGAAAGAACGAUAGCAGAGUACGAGGAGCAACUUUGUCGUUCAAAAGAGAAGAACGAGCGACAACAGAAACUACUGGACGCUGUUUUCAACCCUCAGAUUCACUCACACAGAGCAGGCGUCCAGCAGCUGUUGGUGGUUAAAAAGAAGGAACCCUCUGAGCAGCAGGAGAGGAGCUCCAGUCUGGACCAGGAGGUCACAAAGCCCCCACACAUUAAAGAAGAACAGGAGGAACCUUGGACCAAUCAGGAGGGAGAGCAGCUUCAGGGGCCCACAUUCACUCCUGUCCCUGUAAAGAUUGAAAUGAAAACUGAAGCUGAUGGAGAGGACAGUGGAGGACCAGAACCAGACAGGAACUCUGAUCCAGAUCCACAAGUCCAAACGGUGAGAGCGCUGGUGGAGCAGCGACUGACUGCUGCUGCUGAAGAGAUAUUUGGGCCGUUUGCAAAAACAAUAGCCGAGUGUAAGGAGGAACUUUUUCAUUCAAAAGAGAAGAACAAGCGACAACAGAAACUACUGGAAGUUGUUUGCAACCCUCGGCUUCAGUUACACAGAGCAGUGUUUCCUGCAGAUGUCCGGCUGCUGUUGGUGGUUAAAAGUGAGGUUCCCUCUGAGCAGCAGGAGAGGAGUCAGGAGGACCGAGAGCCCCCACACAUUAAAGAGGAACAGGAGGAACUCUUGAUCAGUCAGGAAGGAGAGCAGCUUCAGGGGCUCCCUGUCCCUGUGACAAGUGAAGACCAAAAGAAACCUCAGUCCUCACAGCUUCAUCAAACACAAACUGAACACAAAGAAACAGAAGCUGAUGGAGAGGACUGUGGAGGACCAGAACCAGACAGUAACUCUGAUCAAGAUCCACUUUUUCAACCUGAUACUGACAACGAGACUAGAGACUCUUCUGAACCUGAGACUGAUGACAGUGCUGAUUGGAAGGAGACCAGAGAACCUCAGUCAGGUUUAAACUCUCUCAGUGAUUCCAGAUGUGGUGCUGGUGAGAAACAUUUUAGCUGCUCUGAGUGUGGGAAAAGAUUUAGCCACAAGCAAAAUAUGAAGGUACACAUGCGAACCCACACAGGAGAAAAACCUUUCAGCUGCUCAGUGUGCGGUAAAGGUUUUAGGAGAAAAGGGCAUCUGAAGGUACACCAGCAAACCCACACGGGGGAGAAACCUUACAGCUGCUCAGUUUGUGGUAAAGGUUUCCGUGGAAGUGGGGAUGUGAAGUUACAUAUGCGAACCCACACAGGAGAAAAACCUUUCAGCUGCUCAGUUUGUAAGAAAUCUUUUACACAGAGGGUAAGUUUACAGGAACACAUGAAACUACACACAGAUUCGCACAUGAGAACCCAAACAAAGAAGAGUCACACAGGAGAGAGAUGUUUCAGAUGCCCAGAGUGUGGGAAAGGUUUUAGUGGGAGCGGGAAUCUGAAGGUUCACAUGAGAAGUCACACAGGAGAGAGGCCUUUUAAAUGCUCAGAGUGCGGGAAAGGUUUUAGUGGAAGUGAGCAUCUGAAGGUUCACAUGAGAAGUCACACAGGAGAGAGGCCUUUCAGCUGCUCCGUGUGCAGUAAAGCUUUUCGUUCAAAUGGGGAGCUGAAGAGACACAUGAGAAUUCAUACAGGAGAGAAACCUUUCAGCUGCUCAGUGUGUGGUAAAGCCUUUUGUGAAGGUGCUAAUCUGAAGGCACACAUGCUAUCCCACACAGGAGAGAAACCUUUUGGCUGCUCUGUAUGCCAUAAAUAUUUCACUGAUCGUAUACACCUCAACAAUCACAUGAGAAUUCAUACAGGAAAGAAUCCUUUCACCUGCUCAGAGUGUGGUAAAGGUUACAGUGGACGUGGGGUUCUCAAUAAACACAUGAGAAUCCACACAGGUGAGAAACCGUUCCGCUGCUCGGAGUGCGGUAAAGGUUUCACUGGAAGUGGGAGUCUGAAGGAACACAUGCGAACCCACACAGGAGAGAAACCUUUCAGCUGCUCAGUUUGUGAGAAAUCCUUUCAACAGAAGAGAACGUUACAGUUACAUAUGACAAUUCACACAGGAGAGAAACUUCUCAGCUGUUCAGUUUGUAAAAAAUCUUUUACAAGCAGUGGACAAUUGAAGCAACAUAUGACAACCCACACAGGAGAGCAGCCAUUCAGUUGCCCAGUGUGUAAGAAAUCUUUUACCCAGAGGGCAGAUUUACAGCUGCAUAGGAGAAUUCACAAAGUAGAGAAACUUGUCCACUGUUCAGUCUGUAAUAAAUCUUUCAAACAGAAGGGAAAUUUACGGCGGCACAUGUUCACCCACACAGGAGAGAAACCAUAUGAAUGCACAGUCUGUGGUAAAAGAUUUUCCCAAAAGAAACAAGUGGAACAACACAUGCCAGUCCACACAGGAGAGAAAAAUUUCAGUUGCAGUGUUUGUAACAAAAGAUUUAACCAGCCGUCACAUGUCAAAAAACAUAAAUGUGCUGGUCGCCCUGCUGUACAGUUACAUCAAACUGAGGAGAACAAAGAGGCAAAGUGUCCAGACAGCAGCCCACAUGAAGAGAUGCAAACAGAAGCUGAUGGAGAGGACUGUGGAAGACCAGAAGCAGCUAGAAACUCAGAUCCUGAUGGAACCGAAUACGUCCAGCAGCUGUUGGUGGUUAAAGAGAAGCUUCCCUCCGAGCAGCAGCAGAGGAGCUCCAAUCUAGACCAGGAGGACCCAGAGCCCCAACACAUUAAAGAGGAACAGGAGAGUGACACCACUCACCUCCCAAAGAUCCACAGAGGGAAUCGUGCAGCAGAGGAAGAGUUCAUAGAAGGAGGAAGUCUGAGUCAAGACACGGUGGUCCAAACAGUGCUACAGCCAGAGCCCCAACACAUGAGAGAGGAACAGGAGGAACCUUGGACCAGUCAGCAGGGAGAGCAGCUUCAGGGGCUGGAGGAGGCUGAUAUCACCAAGUUCACAUUCACUCCUGUCCCUGUGAAGAGUGAAGAAGAUGAAGAGAAACCUCAGUCCUCACAGCUUCAUCAAACACAAACUGAACAGAUGGAAACAGGAGCUGAUGGAGAGGACUGUGGAGGACCAGAACCAGACAGGAACACUGAUCCAGAUCCACAUUUACAACUUGAUACUGGUGACGAGCCUGUAGACUCUUCUGAACCUGAGACUGAUGGCAGUGCUGAUUGGGAGGAGACCAGAGAACCUCAGUCAGUUUUGAACUGUUUGAAAAUUGAUGGUGGUCCUGUCAGAGAUUCCAGAUUUAGUGCUGGUGAGAAACGAUUUAGCUGCUCUGAGUGUGGGAAAAGAUUUGGCUCCAAGCACCAUCUGAAGAGACACAUGGUUUCCCAUGCAGGAGAGAAACCUUUCAGCUGCUCAGUUUGUGGUAAAGGUUUCACUAUUAGUGGGGAUCUGAAUGAACACAUCAAAGUUCACACAGGAGAGAAACUUUUCAAAUGCUCAGUUUGCAAGAAAUCUUUUACCCACAUAGAGACUUUAAAGAAACACAUCAGAGUUCACACAGGAGAGAAACCUUUCCAUUGUUCAGUUUGUGGUAAAGUUUUCAGUUUUAGUGGGGAUCUGAAGAAACACAACAGAGUUCACACAGGAGAGAAACCUUUCAGCUGCUCAAUUUGUAAGAAAUCUUUUACACAAAAUGGAAGUUUAAAGAAACACAUGAGACUCCACACAGGAGAGAGACCUUUCAGUUGCUCAAUUUGCAAGAAAUCUUUUACCCGUGGGGACAGUUUAAAGACACACAUGAGUGUCCACACAGGAGAAGCCCUGUAUUGUGAAGCUGGAUAUGAGGGUCAGCGAGGUAACCUGAGGUUUAACCCUGGUUUCAUUAUCUCCAAAAUGUCUAAAGUCCAAACGGUGAGAGCGCUGGUGGAGCAGCGACUGACUGCGGCUGCUGAAGAGAUAUUUGGGCUGUUUGAAAGAACGAUAGCAGAGUACGAGGAGCAACUUUGUCGUUCAAAAGAGAAGAACGAGCGACAACAGAAACUACUGGACGCUGUUUUCAACCCUAAGAUUCAGCUACACAGAGCAGACGUUCAGCAGCUGUUGGUGAGUAAAGAAGAGUUUCCCUCUGAGCAGCAGGAGAGGACCUGCAGUCUGGACCAGGACCAGGAGGAGCCAGAGCCCCCAUACAUUAAAGAGGAACAGGAGGAACCUUGGACCAGUCAGGAGGGAGAGCAGCUUCAGGGGCUGGAGGAGGCUGAUAUCACCAAGUUCACAUUCACUCCUGUCCCUGUGAAGAUUGAAGAAGAUGAAGAGAAACCUCAGUCCUCAAAGCUUCAUCAAACACAAACCGAACAGAUGGAAACAGAAGCUGAUGGAGAGGACUGUGGAGGACCAGAACCAGACAGGAACUCUGAUCCAGAGCCAGAUUUGCAACCUGAUUCUCACGACGAGCCUGCAGACUCUUCUGAACCUGAGACUGAUGACAGUGGUGAUUGGAAGGAGACCAGAGAACCUCAGUCAGGUUUGAACUAUUUGAAAAAAGAUGGCGGCCCUGUCAGAGAUUCCAGAUUUAGUGCUGGUGAGAAACGAUUUAGCUGCUCUGAGUGUGAGAAAAAAUUUGGCUUCAAGCUCAAUCUGGAGAAACACAUGAGACUCCACACAGUAGGGAAACCUUUCAGCUGCUCAGUUUGUAAGAAAACUUUUUAUUGGAGUGCAACUUUAAAGUCACACAUGAGACUCCACACAGGAGAGAACCUUUUCAGCUGCUCAGUUUGUAAGAAAAUUUUUACACAGAGUGGAUAUUUAAAGUUACACAUGAGAGUCCACACCGGAGAGAGACCUUUCAGCUGCUCAGUUUGUAAGAAAACUUUUACACGGAGUGGAACUUUAAAUGUACACAUGAGACUCCACACAGGAGAGAGACCUUUCAGCUGCUCAGUUUGUGAGAAAACUUUUAGACGGAGUUCAACUUUAAAUGUACACAUGAGACUCCACACAGGAGAGAAACUUUUCAGCUGCUCAGUGUGUGCUAAAUCUUUUGCACAAAGUGGGUAUUUAAAGAAACACAUGAGAGUCCACACAUGAGAGAAACCUUUCAUAGAUGUUCUGGCCACUCAUCCUCAAAGUUUCAUCAAACUAACGAGAACAAAGACGGAGAGCCUCCAGCCAGCAGCCCACAUGAAGAGCUGCAAACCUCUUUUUCAAUCUUUUUAAAGGACUCGAGAAAGAUUUUCAAGUCUUUUUUAAAUGCUACAAAGCUUGUAGUAACUUUUAUAAAAUUGUAUUCUGUGUUCAUGAAAUUGACCUACAAUCACAAUUUAAGUAAUCAAUAUCUUAUUUUCCAUGAUGUGAUAUGAUAAUCAUUUCCUUUCUGUUUAUUUUUGUUUUGUUUUACAAAACUAAAGUUCACAAACAGAUAUUUUAAUUCAAUAUUUGAUUGUAGAAGUGUAACAAUUACAACUCUUUUUUUUUUAAACAA